CCUCGGCUCCCCUACCGCGUCGAGAGCCAGCCCGGGAGCCCCGCACCGGCCGGCACCGAGCGGGAGCCUCCGACCGGCUGCAGCUGGACGCCUCGAUGCCGGAGAGGAGCAGGCUUCCGCGUCUGAUGAAGACACAGCCUGGUUCCUGGCUGCCCUGUUAGCCUCUCAGGGUCCGAGGCACUGACCUUCCCUGCGUGGCGAAGGGUCCUGAGGAUCCCGCUUUCUCUAAACCUGUCCUGCUGAGUGAACCACAGCAGGGAGUGGGUGGUCCCAGCACCAGAGCAAGAGCCCUGUGGGGCCCCGGGCAGAAGAGUGAAGCUGGAACCUUCAGGGAACAUGAGUGAAUUUUGGCACAAACUGGGCUGCUGUGUGGUAGAGAAACCCCAGCCGAAGAAGAAGAGAAGGCGGAUUGACCGGACCAUGAUUGGAGAACCAAUGAAUUUUGUUCACCUGACUCAUAUUGGCUCCGGCGAGAUGGGGGCAGGAGACGGACUUGCCAUGACAGGUGCAGUUCAGGAGCAGAUGAGAUCCAAGGGAAACCGAGAUAGGCCAUGGAGCAAUUCUAGGGGCUUGUAGCUCCCAGCAGGAAUGGUCCUGCCAUCUUGAAGUUCCCAUUCUGUGUCCAGCCCAGAAGAAAUGCUGCCCCCAACCCAGAACCCUCCUAGAACCAGUGACCCAGAGGCUCUUUUCUCCCUAUCUGCCUGACAGGGCCUCAGAAGGCUUGGGGGCUGGACUCCCUGCACUCCCUCUGGCCACAGCCCCUCCUGGAGAUGGGGUCAAGGCAGCAGGACUGACGUUGGCCAGAGGAGCUCAGCUGAAACCCUGCAUAUCCUCAGAUCUGAGAAAGGAGUUCUCUGGGAACCUGGAAUGAGUUCCUGUUCUCCUGAAUGAUGGUCUGGGUGCCACCGUUUUUUAACUCUUAACCCGGAACUCCUUAAACGCAGUAGGUCGGCAAGAAUACCAAAGCUGAAGCCGGCUUUGCGGAAAAGCUCCCUGCCUCCCUGGCCCUCUGUUUCCUCCUGGAGUGAACUAAAGCAGACAUCCUGCAGGGGCUGGGCGGGUGACCACUCAUUUUUCUGUAGAUUUCAGAACUUAAGCUCACAGCCCUUCAAUCUCUCUCUCUCUUUCAAUACCAGGGUCUUCUCUCUAGUUAGGCCUUUAAUUCUGUUCCUGUAGCAUUGCUAGCUUCCCAGCAACUUUCCUUUAAAAAAAAAAUUAAAAGUUGGAGUUCUCUUAAUUACCCCCAUCCUACUACCUCUGUGUUUAACCUCCCCAUCCUUAUUAGGAACCUUAUUGCUUCCCAUUGAAUAAGAGUUAAAGAGAUGCAUCUUAACCUGAUGACAUUCCAUUUAAGCCUUGGGAGACCUGGCCUGCCCUCUGCCAACCUCCCUGCUGGCCCAGGUGAGAGGAAGAGGGGUCUAGAGAGAAAUCCUGAAUACAGCAAAGUGGGGAGUUUUAUCUCAAGAUGGAUUUCCUGGGCAUUGAGAAGGAGAAGGGUAGUGAGAUACAUAGGGGAUGUGAGCUUAGGGGCCUUAAGAUCCUCACAGCACAAGAGUAGGAGGGGGCUCCGAAACAAGGUUGUUCAACCCGGACACAUAGGACAUUUGGGCUGGAUGAUUCUUUCUAAUGGAGGGCUAUACUGUACGUUGCUAAAUGUCUUCCUUUUAAGGGCAAAGUUGCCCACAGCUGAGAGCCAGCUCUAUUGUUCAGACACUCUGAAGUGAUUUCCAUCCCCUACCCUACACACACUCAUCCACAUUAAGCCUGUGCCGUGGAUGAGCUAGGACUCCUUGUCAGGUGGCCUCAAUUGGGCUGCACAUAUCUCCAAACAGUUACUCAGUGCAUUGCUUAUGCUUCCACAGGCUCCUGUCUGAUGGACAUGUAACCAUGUUUCUCUGUUCUUGCUCUCUGGGGGAGAGGGGGGGUCCCUGCAGGGUAGACACAUGAACAGAGAAUGGUGGGAUUCCGGGGAGUGAUGAAAGCAUUAGAAACACCCCAGCUUAUCCUCCCCGGAUUUUUACUCUUAUUUCUGUACACUAGAUCUGAAACCAGAUACGAAUAAGACUCAGGGAGUUUUUGUAUGAAGACCAGGUUCCAUCCCUGCCUGGCUGAAGAGUCUGCUUUGGGUGGGAAAGCAACGCAGGAGCAGAAUCUUUCGGCCCUUUCCGUGUUCUCAGGUGUUUUUGUUCUGGCCCUGUUGGUGCAGGUUAGUUACAUUAGGAAGGCAGAACAAGACAUAUGAGCGCUUGCCUGCUCUGAAAUGAGAAGGCAGUGAGGGUGUGUGUGUAUGUGUGUGUGUCUCAUCAGCUUUGUAACAGGAAGCAUCCUGUUUUAUGGUAGUGGGAGGGGGUCAGGAGCGGGGGAACUGGGAUCCAGCUCUCCAGUUCAUCCCCACCUGCGGUGACUGAGGUUCUAAUUUUUCCUGAUUUCAGUGUGUUUCCCUCUAGUUUUUCAGGGUCUAAAAUUGGACAUAGCGACACAUUUCCAAUUUACUCUGUCAAGCCAGUUGCUCUGAAAGCCCAUCUUGUUGCCUGAGGGAUCUGGAGACCUAAGGGGUUCACAGUACAGGGUAGAAUGGUGGAGGACUCCUGGAAUCCGGUCCUCCUCACCUCCAGCCUCAUUCUAAAGCCAAUUCUUUGGACACAAUCUUCCCUUUGGUGCUCUCUAUCCUUUAGCUACAUUGUCUAAUACGUAGGCUACUGUCACUUUAAGAAUAAAGUGAUGGAAACGGAGAGUCAUAAUUUAUAUUAAAAAAUUGUUGGACUUUUAAAUACAUUUUUAAAUAAAAAAUGGAAGCAGAAUAUUUGCAGAGUAAUCACUUCAGGUGUGUGUGUUGCAUUCAAGAAC